AUGGAUUUUAAUGAAUGUUUCAUUCAUCCAAAGUCAUUCUCUUUAGACCCUAACAUUUAUACAGAACUUGUAGAACAUUAUACAAACGAGGCUUUAUGUUUUCCUGUUAAAGUUAUGGAUUGGAUUCCUAUGGACGGUUCAUUCUCAAAGAAUACAGAUAGUUCAAGUGCAACAUUUACAACAGCUUAUACGCCUAUUAAUGUUAAAAGUAUUUGGGCACUAUUUAGAAAGAAAGACAACUAUUAUGUUAAUUUUGAGAACCCUAAGUUUAAAUAUCUUCAGCUUUCCAUGGGAGCUUAUGGAAAUAUGCCUGCAGAACCUGAAAAAUCAUAUGGACCUGUAUUUUAUGAAAUGGUUGCGAACGCUUGCAAUACAAACAAUGAUAUGAUAGGAUUUAAUGAAGAUGUUAUGAGGUCAUUGGUGGAUGAUGGUAGUGUGGAACAUAAAUGGGAUAGCUAUGACAACACACAUUUCUUAUGUGGUUUUCCAACAGAAGUGGACUUUUGCUUCCAGCAAGGUCAAACAUCUACUGCUCCAAUAACAUACAAAUUGUCUGUUAAAGGACCUAUUGAACUAGCAACUGAAAACGUACCAAAGCCACUUAUUGGAUUUAUGAGGGAUUGUUGCUUUGCCAUUCAGGUGCGUGCUAAUGGCAUCCCCAUAAUAAGAUUAGAUGACUAUAACUUAGCUACGGACGACAGUGAGGAAUAA